AGCCGAGGUAGGUUGUCGCCGUUCCCGAGGAGGAGGUGGAGGAGGGGCGGUGGAUAGAGCGGAGCGAAGUGCGAAAGAACCAAACGAAAUCACUUCGGAACGAGCUCCAGAUCUCUCGAAUCGGCUCGGAAAGUGGUUGGGGCUUGUUGACUGAGGGAUGGCUCUGCGGUAGUGGUUGAGAUCUGGCCCAUGUGCCCGGGAUAUCUGCGAAAGUUUGUCUGCAUUUUGAGUUUGCCUACCUUUCGGUCGGCGUAGAUUAGGGUUUUGACUAAAAAAUAAUCUUGCUGACGUGCUUUGUGAUCAUCCCAUAUAUAGCGAACGCGGAGCAAAAUGAUGUCUUAUCCCGAUGGGUAAGGAAGUGACAGAACAUCCAAUAGAAGAGGAAAGUAAUUUUGCUAAUGGUAAAACUUAUCAGAACAGUCCAAACGGUCCUUUUGGAUAUGUACCAUCUGAUGAACACAUGGACAACAAUCAGGAUACUUCUAAUGUCCAAGUACACGUAUUAUCUCAAAUUAGAAAUUUGAGGAUGGAUGAGGAGACAACAAAAAAGGAGAAUGGCGAUCAGGAGUCAGUAGCAUCAAAUUCCAUUAAUGGAACUAUACAAUCAAAUCAAAGCACUUCACAUCCAGUUGCCCUUGUAAUUGAAAAGCAUGCUUCUCGAGAAAGCCAUGCCUUGGUUGCUGAAGGUGGCAUUACUGAAGAAAUAAAUUCUAUUGUGGAAUCACAAUCAUCAAAUAUUCAAAAGACUAAGGGUAACUCUAAGGUCACAUCUAGGAAGCCACAGCAUCCUGAUAGCAUAUGGCACCCAGAUGAAGAGGACUCUUGCUCCAUUGCUUCUUCCACGGCACCGUCUAUAAAAAAUAUGAAAACUAGGACAACAAUGGCAGUUGCCCCUACUUUCAGGUCCAAUGAACGUGCAGAGAGGCGUAAGGAGUUCUACUCAAAGUUAGAAGAAAAACACCAAGCUCUGGAAGCAGAGAAGCUGCAAUGUGAAGCCAGAACUAGGGAAGAACAAGAGGUUGCUCUGAGACAACUAAGGAAAAAUUUGACUUUCAGAGCAACACCAAUGCCCAACUUCUAUCGCGAGGCGCCACCACCCAAGGUCGAAUUUAAAAAGGUCCCUCCUACUCGUGCUCGAUCACCAAAACUGGGUCGAAGGAAGAGCUGCGGUGAUUCAAGCACUCAGGUAGAAGGAGAAAAUGGCAGUGGACGCAGAGAGCAUGGUCGCCUUCAACGUCACAGUUUGGGCACUUGCAAAGAUGCUACAAACAAGUUGAACGCUACCCCCAAAUACCAGAAUCCAGUGAAUAAGCCCAAAGAAGGGAUCAAAUCUACUAGAGAGAACUCCAAGCAGCCGCUGCCCGAGAGGGCGGUGCCCCAGGCUCCAUCUGAUAUAAUCUCACCAGCCAACCCCAGUGUUUAGCAUCUGGUAUGCUGUUAUCAUCUUAAUGUUACUUGAACUUGAAAACCCCUCCUUAUAAUUUAUAGUUUCACUCCAUAUCGAACUGCCCGAUUAAGAUUUGUAGUGAUAGUGGACUUCACAUGUAUAAUGUAAAUUUUGUAGGUACCUAUAUAUGUUAGAUCAUGGCACUGGGUUUGCUGGGAUUUUA